AUGAGAACAGCGCAGUGUGAGGCAGUACAAAAAGACGACAAACCAAGAAUGUCGGCAUAUUUGGCAGCUCUACGUUCUCGUGUAGGUUUUUCUUGUUCACCAGUUUUUUUUAUUGUUCACUUGAGUUUUGUAGAAAAUGAAAACGCUUCUCGUUCUGUUGGUUCUCGUGGCGCUGGCGGUCAACCUCGCAGAAGGUCGUCAUCAUAGACACAAGCCGGCUUCAUCUUCCUCAUCUUCCUCCUCUUCUUCAAGCUCCUCGUCCUCCUCUUCGUCGUCGUCGUCGUCUUCGUCAUCAUCGUCAUCCUCGUCUUCUUCGUCCUCGUCAUCGUCGUCUUCCUCCUCCUCGUCCUCCUCCAGCUCUUCUUCCUCCAGCUCUUCAUCUUCUGAAGAGAAGAACCAUCACCAUCACCAUCACCAUCACUUUGCUCAGGCGGACUUCCUCAACCGGAUCGCGAACCUCCGAUACCGACCGGCUACGAGGCUGACUAGAGUCCAACCCCUUCCGUCUUCUUCUGUCGCCCGCUUCCACGACUUCAUCCACAGACCCACUCGCUUCUAA